AUGACGACCAAGGCUGUCCACGCGGUCGCCAAGCAUGGCUUUGUGAACGCAUCGCUCUACGACAAGGCGCGCCCGGGGUUUCCACGCGAGGCGCUCGCCGCACUUUGGCCGCCGUCGCUCGACCCGGCGACAGCGACCGUGCUCGAGAUUGGCAGCGGCACGGGCAAGUUUACGUCGCUUUUGCGUAACGACGCCAAGAUUGCCAACCUCGUUGCUGUCGAGCCGUUGCAGGGCAUGCGCGCCACGUUCGAAGCGCUCUUCCCGGACGUGCGCUGCGUCGAUGGGACGGCGACGGCGCUCCCCGUUGCCGACGACUCCCAAGACGCACUGUUUAUCGCACAGGCCUUUCAUUGGUUUGACAACCGCGACGCACUCGUCGAGUUUCGCCGGGUCCUCAAGCCCAACGGCUCGCUCGGGCUCAUUUGGAACAUGGAAGACGCGACCACGCCGUGGGUGGCCAAGCUCCGGGCCAUCUAUGAAGCGUACGACGGCGUCGCGCCGCAGUACCGGACGGGCAAGUGGGCCAACGUCUUUGCCGCGAGUCCGGACCUCUUUGGCCCGCUCUCGCACACGUGCCUUCGCCGAGUGGUGCCCGUGGCGUCGAAAGACCAGAUCUGGGAGCGCGUCUUGUCCAAGUCGUACAUCUCGACCGCGACGCCCGAUGUCCAAGCGCGCGUCAAGGCCGACGUCAUGGCGAUCCUCGACGCCGCCGACUUCGAGAUCGACGCCGACGGCUGCAUCUUGUACCCGUAUGUGACGGACAUUUACGUCACAACGCCGACGCCCUAGUUGUUUUCUUACGACGAUAACAAUCAUCAUGUCGCCAACAUAGCCAC